AUGGCGAGUCAAGAGACUAAUGGGCAGGGCAUCAAUGAGAUUGCCCUCUACGAUCGACAGAUUCGUCUCUGGGGUGUCAAGGCGCAAGAAAAACUGAGAUCGGCGAACAUACUACUGAUCACCUUUAAAUCAUUGGCCAACGAGAUCGCCAAAAACCUCGUCCUCGCUGGAAUUGGCUCAUUGACAAUUCUUGAUCAUGAAGUCGUUACAGAGACAGAUCUUUGCGCUCAAUUCUUUGUGUCUGAAGAGCAUGUCGGCCAGAAUCGAGCCCAAGCUGCAGCCCCUCAGGUCCGAGCUAUGAACCCCAGGGUGCAAUUACACAUCGACACAGAAGACGUUCACACAAAAGCCCCCGAAUUUUUCAAAGACUUUGACGUCACGAUAGCCACAGAUCUCGACUUUGCUACAUAUGCGACCAUCAACGCUGCCUGCCGUAUAUCGAAUCGACGAUUCUACGCCGCUGGCCUGCACGGAUUUUAUGGUUAUGCCUUUGCAGAUUUGAUUUCACAUGAUUUUGUCAUUGAACGAGAGAAAUCCAACGUCACACCUCAGUUGCAAGAAACACCUACAAGGUCCAUCGUCAACAUUACCACCAAAAGAGAUAAUGACAAAGUCAUCGAGAUGGUGACCAAGCGUGAAAUCUACUCCCCCUUGUUGCUAGCCAACACAUCCCCUCUCCCCGAGGAAUUCACUCGCGUCUCUCGUAAGAGGAAGAACGUGACUCCACUUCUCAGCUGUCUCCGCGCUCUGUGGGAGUUUCAGCGAACAUCAAACGGCAAACUCCCCAGCUUCUCGCGCGCCGAACUUGAAGCCUUCACACUGCUCGUCAACGAGCGCCAUCGCGAGCUACAGCUCGAUAUCAGCACAAUCGACUCUUCAUUUCUGCGUAGCUUUUUAGAGAAUUUAGGUUGCGAACUGAGUCCCGUGGCAGCAUUUAUCGGCGGAAGUCUAGCGCAAGACGUUAUCAAUGUGUUGGGUGCCCGUGAGCAACCUCUCCAGAAUUUGCUGCUGUUCGACGGCGAGAAAAAUGUCGCACCAAUUUAUCCUCUGCAUCCUAUCUUCCCGCCGAAGAUUGAGGAUAUGGCUGCCAAAGUGUCACCGACUGUUAUGACGACUUCCUUACCUGUUCUUCCUGGGGCGUCGGUGGCUCUGAAGAAUGGUGUCGCUGCUCCGUGA